CGGUCGGUGACGAGUAAAUGUCUCGAUCUGAUUGCAAGUUUCCUACUGCAAUUGUCGUCGUCGACUCGUAUCGCUGCUGGUGAUUCACGUGCGCAGUUGAUCGACAACUUGCAAGCACUGCAGAAUAUCUUUGAGAAUAUUUGA